AUGACAAGUUCCAAUAUCCUGGCGCUUCCGUUCAGGAAGUCGAACCAGGUCUCACUGUCGUCAUCGAUUCGGCAGUACAUCUCCGAGAAAUAUGAGCAACACCCCGAUAUGUUCCGCAAUGAUCUAGAUGCCAUCAAUCAGUUGCGCCGCGAUGCCGUCAACGUUCGCGAAGCCCAUCCCAGUGGUAUCCGGAAGCUCCAGGCCUAUGCCGCUCAGCUGGUCUGGAUCAUGGGCAAAUUCCCAAUUGAUAUUGGUGUCGGCUUUACUUGGUACUCGGCUUUGGGAUACCAUACCGAACACCCUCUUGUCCAGAACAACCUAAAGUACGAGCUGAUGAACAUCCUCUUCAACCUCGCUGCCCUUUACACCCAGCUUGCCAUUUCGUGCAACCGAAAUGACCUCGAAGGCCUCAAAAGUUCCGCCAGUUACUUUUCUCAAGCAGCUGGUGUGCUCUCCCAUAUGAAGAAUGUAGUCUUGCCAGAUCUGCGCAUGGCCAACCCCCCAGAUGAUAUGGACGAACCAACCCUCGAGUCCCUCACGAAUCUUUUCUUAGCCCAAAGUCAAGAAUGCUUCUGGCAGAGGGCUGUAAUUGGCGGUUACAAAGACGCCUCCAUUGCGAAGCUCGCGGCAAGCGUUUCCGAUUUCUACAAGCUAGCUGGAGAGUCUGCUGUCCGUAGCGAGGCCAUAAGUUCGGCUUGGAUUCAUCAUAUGAGCGCCAAGCAUCACCACUUCGCAGCAGCAGCCCAAUACCGUGCCGCUUGUCACUGUCUGGAGAAGAAAAAGUAUGGUGAAGAGGUGGCAAGGUUGUCAGACGCUGUUGCUUGUGUUAAUGCUGGAUUAAAAGAGUGUAGGGUAGGCCAUGUCAGUAGGGCUGUUGUGGAAGACCUUGAAGGUCUGAAGAAGCGAGUAGAGGAGGACCUAAAACGGGCUGAAAGGGACAAUGACGUGAUUUAUCUCCAAAUUGUCCCACCUAGAUCCCAGCUCCAGAUCCUUGAACGUGCUGUCAUGGCUGUUGCCAAGGUUCCUCCUCAGAUCGAAAAGCCGUAUGACUAUCUCGGAGAGAAGGCCGAGUUCGGCCCUGCAUUGUUCUCAAAACUGGUUCCUUUUGCGGUCCACGUUGCCAUCUCAAUUUACGAGGAACGGCGCGAUCGCCUUGUCAACAACAACAUCAUUGCUGAGUUAGAAAGCCUAACGGACAAACUCCAUGAAAUCCUGUCAAUCCUGAACUUACCUGGCUCGCUUCAAGCACUUGAAAAGCCUCUUGGACUCCCAGGCACCCUUGUUCAGCACGCCGAAGAAAUCCGACAAGCAGAUGCUCUCAACCGUCUGCAGCAAGGUAUUGCCGACAUCGAGAAGCUUUGUGCUAGUGACAUUGCUAUCUUUGAGGAGGGCAAAGCUUUGCUGAGAGCAGAAGAGGAGGAGGACCAGGCACUGCGGCGCAAGUAUGGAACGCAGCGCUGGACUCGUCCCGAGUCUCGUGCAGACCCAAGCCAGGAUGGCGGUGCCAAGCUGUGGAAGCAAGCUUCCGAAAUCGAUGGCUACCUCCAGUCGAGCACGUCCAGCGAUGCGAUCGUGCGCGACAAGUUUGCUGCUGUCAAGGAUACUCUGGCCAUCCUUGCUGGUCCGGAUAGGGGCAUCAUGGAUUACAUCCCAAACAGUCGGCAAGCCAUCAUCCCAGAACCCCUCAAACCUGCCAUUGGGAAGUUGCGUGCUGCUUACAACGAUGCCCUGCGCAUGGAAUCUCGACGGAGGAAGCGGGUCGACAGUCUUAAGACUAGGACCAGGUCUGACGACAUCAAGCCAGAUAUCCUGGCAGAAACAGCCCGUCUUGAAAGGACCUAUCCAAACCAGCCUAUUGUCGCUGCGCACUUCGAAGAGUUCUUUAAUAAGCGCCUCGACAAUCUGUAUGAGUCCGAGCUGGAAGCGCUUGAAAAGGAGCGAAGAGACCAAGAUAAGAUUGUCUCUGAGAUCCAGCGCGCCAACAAAGAGUUCGAGGCGCAGAAAAAUAUACUUGGAGAGAAGGGCGACCGUGAGAGGGAGAGGGCUCUGCAGCGUCUGGAUCACGCGUACUAUAAGUACAAGGAGAUUGUCAGCAAUCUCGAGGCGGCGAGGAAGUUCUACAAUGAUCUUGCUCGCAUCGUGGAGCUGUUCCGCACCCAAUGUCGCAACUUUGUGAAUCAGCGGAGGAAAGAAGCACGUGUGUUAGAAGACGAGAUCAACAUGCCGCCACUUGCAUCCCUCACCCUCAACCCUCCACCUACGCAACAACCCCAACCCUCCCUCUCCUCUCCAACAUCAUAUUACACGCAGCCCCAAGUCCAGUCGAUCCGUCCCCAGACUCAACAGCCACCGCAACCGCAACCACAACCUAUUUCUGUGUCAGCGAGACAACCUCAACUUCAGGAAGUUUGCCGCACGACCAGCCCACCUGCUGAGGCGCAGAUCCAAAGCUGGGCCGACAAUGUUCCCCAGCAGCAGCCGCGUCCUGUACCGCCGCCGAUUACACCUUCCAGUCUCCAAGGAGCGUGGACGCCGGAAUUGGGUAUUCGGUUCGCAGGCGGACCUGGGCCCUCUGGAGCUGGUGCUGGGACAGGGCAAGCGCAAGGUCAAGGACAGAGGGCUCCCGUGAGAGGAACUUGGGAUCCUAGUUUGGGUAUCAGGUUUGGUUAG